GGAGUGUUGAGGAGCAGCAGUGUGGUGGUGACCCUCAAUCUGCUGGAGCACGUGACACUCCUAGCUAAGCGCCGUCGGUACUCGUAAUCUCUCCUUUCUCCUCUUCCUUCUUCUCCUCCUUCUUCUUCCCCUUCUCCGUCCCGGGUUGUGCGUCUUGCUGCGGUCACUUGGGUGCUUGCCUCCUCCUCCGUCAGAAGCACCUUAGACAACGUUUUGGUGAGGAGGUGAGCCCCGUGAUUUCGCUACGAGAACACAGAAGUGGGUUGUUAUUUUAGACAGAAAAAACGAGAGAGAGGAAAAAAAUCAAGCUGUUGUACUCACGAGACUUGGAGUAGCGAGGAAAUGUUGGAGUGUCAACUAUCCGCCCCCGCCACACCAGUCAACCACCACACCGCUCCUCGCCCCUCAUACGCCAUCACCUCACUCCUCACCUGCCUCCAGUAGGGGACGAGCUACCUGGGAAACAGCAUCAGAGGUGAACGACUCCUGAAAGUGACCAGAAGUGGCCUCCUCUGUGUACUGCCUGAGAGGGAGAGAGAGAGAGAGAGCGCGAGUGUGUGUGUGUGUUCAAGAGACGAUGCAGCAAUACAUGGUGGGUCGCUCGAACACGGCAGGAUCCUGAGAGCCCCGGCAGAAGCGGCGUGUGGGAGGCGAAUCUUUUGGAGAAGCUGAGAGUUGGACAUCCGCCAGCAGCAGGAGCAGCAGCAGCAUCAAUAGUAGCGGUAGGAGGAGGAACUAUCAUAAGAGCCCGGCGGUGAGGUAAAAUUUGUACUAGGACCGAUACAGGAGAGUCACGGCGUUGGGAACACUCGUGGUGAACCAGAAUAAGAUCCACGGCGAUAAAAAAAAGAAAAGAAAAAAGUUUAUGGUAGACUUAAAUCAAUUACCAAAACACUGAUAGACAAACCACACCCUAACACCAACAAUGAGAAUGUGGAAAGUAGAACGUGAGGAAGUGUGAGUAACACUGAAUACCUGGAAGAGGAGUGAGUGGCAGAACGACAACAACAACUGAACGUGAACGAGAGACUCCAACAGCGAGGAGCGUAAAUGAUCCAACACCAACAAUAGCGAGAACUUAAGACGUCGAGAAGAGAGGACUUGGCUUGGUGGGUUAGCUGAAGACGGAUGGAUAUUGGAAACAGUAGAGCAGGGCCUGGUAGUGUCUUGUCUAACUCCAGCAGCGAGGGCCUGGCAGUGUCUUGUCUAACUCCAGCAGUGAGGGCCUGGCAGUGUCUUGUCUAACUCCAGCAGUGAGGGCCUGGCAGUGUCUUGUCUAACUCCAGCAGUGAGGACGUGUAGCGUGAAGGACCAACAAGAGGAGAGAAAGACUCGUGUCCCCCAAACCCACCGUGUAAAUAUCCAAUAACAGCAAUAUUAUCACUGAGAGGAAGAGGAACAAGAUGACCCUGUGUGUUACUGUACUACCGGAGCCUGAAGUAGGUCUAUGGCUCCGGUUUUACAUCUACGGCCUUCACGGGUUUAUGAUUGAGGUGAUUUUUACAGCCGUGUGGGACUUCAUAGUUAACAGAGACUGGGCGCUUGUCGGUUGUACGAGUGUUUGGUCACUCUUCAUCUACGGUGUGGGGAGUCUAGUGAUGGAGAGGUUCUAUCGUCGCUACCACGCCACUGUUCCUUUACCUCUUCGGGGGCUUUGUUACGUCGCUUGGACUUACCUGUGGGAAUUCUCUACAGGUAUGUUGUUGCGGCAGUAUGGCGCAUGUCCGUGGGAUUACACAGACAGAAACUACAAUCUACUGGGACUCAUCACUCUCGAGUACUUCCCCGCCUGGUACUUCGCUGCAGUCCUCACCGAGCAGAUCCUUAUGCAUAACCUUCUCUUCGUCUCCCUCUACUCCCAGGACUCUCAUAAUCGGCUGUACCAUAAGGGAUAGGGAAGAACAUGAGAGACCUGACUGUCACUUGUUUUAUAUCGACCAUCAGUAACCCUUGUGACUGUCACUUGUUUUAUGACGACCAUCAGUAACCCUCGUGACUGUCACUUGUUUU